GGAAGUCUGCUAACCAGGCCCUGCCUCAUUUUUCUGGAUUGGACACUGACAGAAGCAGAGCUGGGAUAAGUGCUGCCCGAAAGCCUGGUAGAUCCUGUAUUGAGGUUGCUACAGAAUUCAAACAGCCAUGGCUCUGCCAAUCGACCCCAUGGAGGAGCCUCGGAUGUACCAGCAGACGCUGCUGCAGGAUGGCCUCUGUGACCUGCUGGAAAAUGACACCAUGGUGGACUGUGUGCUGAAGAUCAAGGACAAGGAGUUCCCCUGCCAUCGCCUGGUGCUGGCUGCUUGUAGCUCCUACUUCCGGGCAUUUUUUAAAUCAGGUGUGGAAGCUAGCAAACAGCGUGAGAUUGUCCUGGAGGAUGUUGAACCUGGUGUCAUGGGAAUGAUUCUAAAAUACCUCUACACAUCAAGCAUCAAUGUGACUGAGAAGAAUGUACAAGACAUCUUCGCAAUCGCCAACAUGCUGCAGAUUCCUUCCAUUUUCACAGUGUGUGUCUCCUUCCUCCAGAAGCGCUUGAGUUUGAGCAACUGCCUGGCCAUCUUUCGCCUGGGAUUGAUGCUCGACUGCCCUCGGUUGGCUGUCUCAGCCAGGAAUUUCGCAUGCGAGCGUUUUCAGCUGAUCACACGAGAUGAGGAGUUCCUACAGCUAAAUCCCAGUGAGUUAGCAGCCAUCUUGGCCUCGAACUCACUGAACGUGGAAACGGAGCAGGCCGUAUUUGAAGCUCUGCUCAAAUGGGUGGGCUGUGACAAGGACAGCCGCCUUGAGAAACUUCCCAAACUACUGGACUGUGUACGUUUCCGUCUUAUCCCUGAGGACUAUUUUGCAGAGCAGGUGGAGCAACAUGAGUGGCUGAGAUCUAACCCAGAAAAUACCAAGAAGCUGCAGCUGGUCAAAGAUGCCUAUGCUGGAAAGCUUCCAGAAGUCAAGAAGACCAAUAAAAAAAGCAAGGAGAAGAAGACAGAAGAAGAAGAUGGUGAAGAGGAGGAAGAAGAGGAUCAAGAAGAAUUACUUCCUGGAAUCCUGAAUGAUAAUUUAAGAUUUGGGAUGUUUCUCAGAGACGUAAUAUUCAUGAUAAGUGACACAAGUUCAGUGGCUUAUGACCCUACAGGAAAUGACUGCUAUGUGGCGUCAAUAUCCAGCCAGAUUCCCAAAAACCACUGCAGCAUUGUUACUAAAGAGAACCAGAUCUUUGUGGCUGGUGGACUUUUCUUCAAUGAACAGAAUGAAGAGGAGCAGCUAAACUCCUACUUUUUACAGUUUGACCCUGCAAGUUCUGAUUGGAUUGGAAUGCCACCCAUGCCCUCACCCCGCUUCCUGUUUAGCAUGGGCGAAGCAGAGAACUCCAUCUUUGUAAUCGGUGGUAAGGAGUUAAAGGAGGGAGAACAAACAUUGGACUCAGUCCUAAUUUAUGACAGACAGUCUCUCAGAUGGGGAGAGUCGGUUCCUCUCCCCUAUGCGGUAUAUGCCCAUGGAACAGUGUCUCACAAUGGAAUUGUGUAUGUUAUAGGAGGAAAAACAGACAGCAAGCAAUGUUUGAACAGAGUUUGUGCUUAUGAUGCAAAGAACGGUGAAUGGAAGGAUCUGGCUCCGAUGAAGACUGAACGAUCGCUGUUUGGCGUCACCGUUUAUAAGGAAAAGAUCUACGUGGCUGGAGGUGUUUUAGAGACCGGCCUCACUGGCACCACGGAGGUUUACGACAUUAAAUCAAACACGUGGUCAGAGUUUGUCGAGUUUCCUCAGGAGCGCAGCUCUCUCAGUCUGAUCACGGCGGAUAACAGCAUCUACGCUGUGGGUGGCUUCGCAGUGUUUCCAGGUGAAAACAGUGAGGAACUUGCACCAAGAGAGAUGACUGACAUUUGGAGGUAUGAUGAAAGUGAGAGAAAGUGGAAUGGUAUCCUGAGAGAGAUUCGCUAUGCUUCCGGUGCCACAGUGUUAGGUGUUCGUCUCAACACGCUGAGACUCACUAAAAUGUGAAUCAUGAAACCAACUGUUUAUUCUCAAUUUUUUUUUAUUUAUUUUUCUAAUAAUUUUUGGUUUUAUUAGAUAGCAAGCAUGACAUAUGACUAUAAGAGCACUAAGACUGGAACUGUGCAUUUUUUUUUUCCAUUGACAAGUUUUAGUUAAUAUGUUUUUUAAUAUUCUCUCACAGUUGGCACC